GACUGCCUGCCCCCUUGAGUACCAGGCUGCAGAGGCUGGAUCAUCUCAUUUCCAUCCUGACUGCAGUUUGUGGGUCUGAUUCUACACCUGAGGUGGCACCUCUGCACUGACCUUCAGCUGUUAUCCGUUGCUGAUCUUUCCACCCAGAACUAGCCAAGCCCUAUGCUGUGUCUCAUUUCCAGCCCCUGUUGACUUCACCCUCCUGAGCCAUUGAAAUCCAGUAGAGGGCGACAAAGGUACACGUAGAUGGGCUCAGGAUGCUGUUGCUACGAGCUGUUCUACUGCUACUAGUCCUGCCCACUCAUGGCCAGGACUCCGUGACAGAAGAGCCUGGAGGCCUGCUUCCUCUGGCCAAGGGGGCCUGCACAGGUUGGUUGGCAGGCAUCCCAGGGCAUCCUGGCCACAAUGGGACCCCAGGCCGUGACGGCAGAGAUGGAACCCCUGGCGAAAAGGGUGAGAAAGGAGAUCCAGGUCUUGUUGGUCCUAAGGGUGACACUGGUGAAACCGGAGUAACUGGGGUUGAAGGUCCCCGAGGCUUUCCAGGAAUCCCGGGCAGGAAAGGAGAACCUGGAGAAAGUGCCUAUGUACAUCGGUCAGCAUUCAGUGUGGGAUUGGAGAGCCGGGUCACUGUCCCCAAUGUUCCCAUUCGCUUUACCAAAAUCUUCUACAAUCUGCAAAACCACUAUGAUGGCACCACUGGAAAAUUCCACUGCAACAUUCCUGGGCUGUACUACUUCUCCUACCACAUUACAGUCUACUUGAAGGAUGUCAAGGUCAGCCUCUACAAGAAGGACAAAGCUAUACUCUUCACCUAUGACCAGUACCAGGAGAAGAAUGUGGACCAGGCCUCUGGCUCUGUGCUCCUCCAUCUCGAAGUGGGCGACCAAGUCUGGCUCCAGGUGUAUGGGGAUGGGAACUCUUAUGGGCUCUACGCAGAUAAUGUCCAUGACUCUACCUUUACAGGCUUCCUUCUCUACCAUGAUACCAACUGAUCACAACUAACUUAGAGACUCCUCCAGCCCAAACAACCCAAAAGUGAAAGAACAGUCCAUGGGUUUUCAGUGGAGUUAAGAGAUUAAUUUUGUUAUCCAGUUGGAGGGCUCUGAACAUUAUUCAUUCAUUUACUCAUUCAUUCAUCAAGUACCUUUUCAAAAAAAUCAUAUACUAUGUUCCUUGUCCUGAAGAAGACAUGGUCCCUGGCCUCAAGAGUUUGUUAUGUAGUAGCAAUGAAAGGUUAAUAAUAUUUCUGGGGGUGAUUCACAUAUAUGGUGAGAUAUCAAACUACCAGAAAGUAUUUGACAGUGCUAUUCUGUGUCCACUGUUUUUCCUCAUGUUCAUGCCAAUCCUGGGAGGUACAUAGGAAAGAUAUUAUUCUCCUCAUUUUAUGCUUGGGUCCUGAGCCUGAGAGAGUUAAAUGAAUGCCUAAGCUCACACGGGUAUUAAGUGGCAGAGUUCGAAGGCAAACCCAGGUCUGUAGACCUUCUCCCCUAGGCCCUGCCCUUUGUUUAGGAGUACAUGGCCUCUUGUGAGUGUUGGUAGGGGUCUAUCACCCAGCUCACCUGAGGGCCUCUGAGUGGUCUUCAUGGUGAGUUAAGCCUUUCCCCUGUAGAGGUCCCUCAGAGGUGAUUCUAUGACUAGGUCCCAUCCCUGCUGGACCACUAAUUACUCUGUACUUCUUCUCUGUCUUUCUUUAUGCUCUUCUCUCCAGCUCAAAAAGCUACCUUCACCUCCACAUGGUGAAAUCCUCCCUGUUCCUCAAAACCACCUAGUCAGGAAGCUUCUCUGAUGUGAUAGCUCUCUCUUGCAAACCUUCCUCACACACUCUUCCCCUGUGCCCCUCUAUGUAUUACUCUGGAUGAGAAUCCUGGGUAUGAAAGACAUCCUUCUCCCAGGCCAGAGACAACUGCCUGGAAAGGACUGUGCUUCCUUCACCUCUGAGUCCCUUUGCAGGUCCUUGAUAAAUGCCUCAUGAAGACCAGUCUCCUGAAUCUCAUCUCUACCCAGGAUUAACUCCAGUUCAGUCUCUUCAUAUAACUAAUCCUUAUCUACAGAAACAUUUUCAUUUUAGGAACUCUCUGAAUUUAAGCACCUAAUCCUUGUUACACUGGAUAGUUUGAAUCUUUUCCACUGAGGUUUGGGAUGACUGUUCUUUCCAGAAUACUUAAAGAAUUUUCCCUGAAGAAGGUAGCUUGAGCCUGCUAUGCAAAACCUACAAAGGAAUUUGGAAACCAUUCUUUCCUUGAGUACCGACAGGGUCUGGAAAGACCUGGGCCUUCUGAAUCUAUCCUUGUUCUUUAAGAAUUAAAAGAAGAAGAAGAAGAGGAAGAGGAAGAGGAGGAAGAAGAAGAAGAAGAAGAAGAAGAAGAAGAAGAAGAAGAAGAAGAAGAAGAAGAAGAAGAAGAAGAAGAAGAAGAAGAAGAAGAAGGAGAAGAAGAAGGAGAAAAAUACUAUCUGAGAUGAUGGAUAUAUGAACUAGCUUGAUUGCGGUGAUUAUUUCACCAUGUUUAUCUACAGCAAACCAGCACAUUGUACAUGUAAAUAUAUACAAUUUUUAGUUGUCAAACAUUUCUAACAAAAAAUAAAGAAGUAUAGGUGGUUGAUGAUGGUAAAUAUCCUCCCAGGAGACAAUAGCUUGAGUAACGCUUUUCAAAGUUUUUAGCAAAAGCAGAAUUAAUAGCAUUCUGUAUAAACAGAAAUGGGAAACUUUUUUCCUUUGCUCUCAGUUUUAAAUUCUGAAUUAUUCCCUUUUGUGUAUUGCUCAUCAUUAAGUGAUUAUUAUUUCUACAUACUAAGCUUCGUCUUUUACAGUGUUUGCACAUCAUCAUUUUCUACAAGUAAAGAUAUUGUUCAGCAUUAAAAGUAGAAGCACUUGAA